GUUGGAUAAGCUCUACUACUAUAUAAGUACUAGUAGAGAGCUCACAGCUAGGUAGCCAGUGACACGGACACAAAGCAGUGAAGCGCCUCAGACUCAACGCACGUAUUACGUGCGAGAGGCUGACAAAGACGUACAACAGCUAGCUAGUUGGCACCAUGAAGGUUAAAAUCGAGAGCUCCAAGAUCGUCAAGCCGUUGUACGAGGACGGCGAGGCGCCGCCGGCGCGGUGGGUGCCGCUCUCCGUCUUCGAUAAGGUGACGUACGGGGAGCACGUCGCCCUCAUCUUCGCGUUCCGGCCGCCCAACCCGCCCAACAGCGAGGUCGAGCUGGGCCUGGCCAAGGCGCUCGCCGUGUACCGGGAGUGGGCCGGGCGGAUCGGCGAUGGUCCCGACGGGCGCCGGUCGGUGCUGCUGAACGACGCUGGGGCGCGCUUCGUGGAGGCCACGGUGGACGCGCCGAUGGCGGUGUCGCUGCCGUCCGGGCCGUCGCCGGAGGUGAGGCGGCUGCACCCGAGGAUCGACGACGGCCCCGUGGAGCUGGUGCAGGUGCAGCUGACCCGCUUCUCCUGUGGCUCGCUGGCCGUGGGCUUCGCGGGGCACCACCAGAUCGCCGACGGGCAGGCCACGGCCAACUUCCUGGCGGCGUGGGGCCUCGCUACGCGGCGGCUGCCGCUGUCGCCGCUUCCGGUGUGCGAUCGCGGCACCCGGUUCGCGCCCUGCGAUCCUCCGCUAGUGGAGUUCCCGCACCGGGAGGUGGAGUACAGGGCUCCGGCACCCAACAAGAAGUGCGACGUCGCUGUGGAGGACGAGGAGGAGGAGAUCGGCUUCGGCGCGGCGGGGCACGACAAGGUGAAGGUGCACAGGAUGCACCUGAGCAAGGAUUUCGUGGCACGGCUCAAGGCGCGGGCCUCGUCGGGGCUCCCGCCGUCGCGGCGCGGCUACACGACGUUCCAGAGCGUGGUGGCGCACCUUUGGCGCGCGAUCACCGCGUCGCGCGGCCUGGGCGCCGGCGUGACGACCAAGGUCCGCAUCUCCGUGAACGGCCGGACGCGCAUGCGCCCGCCGGUGCCGCGCGACUACUUCGGCAACGUGGUCCUGUGGGCGUUCCCGCGCUGCGACGCUGGCGAGCUCGUGUCCCGGCCGGUGGGCCACGCGGCGGAGCUCGUCUACCGCGCCGUGGCGGACGUGGACGACGCCUACUUCCGGUCCUUCGUGGACUUCGCCGCCUCUUCUGGCGCCAUGGAGGCCGAGGGGCUGGUCCCGACGGCGGACAGCGAGCAGGCGGUGCUGUGCCCGGACCUAGAGGUGGACGCGUGGCUGGGGAUCAACUUCCACAGCCUGGACUUCGGCGGCGGCGGGCCCUUCUGCAUCAUGCCGACGUACUACCCGAUGGAGGGCAGCCUGUUCCUGGUGCCGUCCACCCUAGGCGACGGCAGCAUGGAGACCUACGUGGCCCUCUUUCACAACCACCUCGAGGAGUUCAAGAGGAUAUGCCACAAGAUCACCUAGUAGCUUAGCUCAAAAAGGAAAAGCAAAAACUUACCUAUGGAGCUUGCAAGGAGUUCAGGAACUCAAUAAUUAUCAAAAGACGAGUAAUAUGGCCAAGUGACACAACAUAUAAAAAAAGUAAAGCAAAAUUUUGCACGGAUCUCCACAUCCACAUAAGAUCUCAUGAAUAUAAUAUCGACUGAGACUUGGUUAAGUUCCAA